AUGGCCGGCGACAAGACCAAGACGCCCAAGGCGGCGCCCAAGAAAAAAAAGGGCACGGCCAGUGUCGUCAAAUCUUCCAAGCGCUCACGCGGUGGCGGUGGCGGCGGCGGCGGCAAGAAGGGCGGCAAGAGCUCCGGGGCUGCUAACAGGACCAAGACCGGGACGGGCUCGUCGCUAGCCCUCGCUUCCGGCGUGACGGGCGACGGAGAUGGCGAUCUCGGCGGCGGCGGCGGCUCUAGCGAAUCGGACAGCGGGCCGUACUGCCUUUGCCGGGGCCCAGACAACCACCGCUUCAUGAUAGCCUGCGAUCGGUGCGAGGACUGGUUCCACGGCGACUGCAUCGGCAUGGACAAGUACACGGGCGAGAACCUGGUGCAGAAGUACAUCUGCCCCAACUGCACCGACGGCAAGCGCUACGUCACGCGCUACAAGAAGAUGUGCUCGCUCGAGGGCUGCAACCGCCCCGCCCGCGUCUACAGCGUCGAGGAGCGCAGCAUCUUCUGCUCCGAGGAGCACUGCCAGCUGUGGUGGGAGCAGCUCAUUGCCACCCUGCCCAAGUCCAAGGCCGCCGGCGCCGACAUCCUGACGCAGGACGAGUUUAUGGGGCUCCUCGAUACCCCGUCCAAGGGCGGGUGGAGGGUGGGCAAGAAGCCCUUUGGCGUCUCGGACGAUUCCUGGAACACGGUAGACCUUAGCAAGGCGCUCACUGCCGAGGAGCGCGACAUCCUCGACCGGUCUGCCUCGGACCGCCACAAUCUCGGCGAGGAGAUCAUGCUAUGCAAGAAGAUGCUGCAGCUGAUCGAGAUGGCACUCAAGCGGCGGGAGACGGCCAUCGGCGCUGGCAAGGGCAUUGCCAAGGACUUUUGCGGGUACGACGUGCGCCUCGACACGGUGGGCGUGACGCACCAGUUUGGCGUUUUUGUCCAGACCCCCGUAGGCGAGACCAUCUUCAAGGCCGGCCGUCUCGACGCCUCGCCGGAACAGCUGCCCGCGGCGCUCCUAGAUCCCGGAACGGCUGGCGGCGGCGGCGGCGGCAUCGCUGCGGGCGCUGCCGGCCCGCCUAUCGUGGACCCUGCUGCCGCGGCCGCGGCCGACCCCUUCACGGCCGGCAUGUGCACCAAGAAGAAAUGCAAGCCGCACGCCGUGUGGAGCGCCAUUCUCGUUAAGGACGUGAAGCACUCCAUCAAGGAGCUCGCCGCGCAGGCCAAGGAGAAGCUCGACGCCGAGGCCCGCGUCCGCGACAGCGCCGCCAGCCGCUUCGGCCGCAAGCUGUGCGAGAAGAACACCGUCACCGUCUACAACUCGGACGACAACGACGCGGACAUGGAGGACAUCGAGUGA